AUGGACGAAACGGCGGCGUAUCCACACAUCGAGCCUUCGAAUUUUGACCUCAUCAUCAUAGGCACUGGACUCCCGGAAUCCAUCCUAGCCGCCGCCUCCUCCGCCGCCGGUAAAACCGUCCUCCAGCUCGAUCCCAACUGGUUGUACGGUUCUCACUAUGCCUCUCUUCCCCUUCAAGACUUCAUCUCCUUCCUCCAAUCUCAGCAGUUCCAAUCUCAAUCAUCUUCCAAUCCCCAACUUCCUCAGACUGACGACACCGGGAAUUACGUUUAUGUCCCUCUUGUCGCUCGCCCCCUCUACUCAUCGCUAGAAAUCAACUCCUACUCCUCCGAGCCCCUCGAUAAUUCGAAAAAGUUCUGCCUCGAUUUGACGGGACCUCGGGUUCUGCUCUGCUCCGACCCUAUGAUUGAUUUGAUCCUUAAAACGGGCAUAAAUCAGUAUAUGGAGUUCAAGAGCGUAGAUGCUAGCUUCACGUGCGACGCGGAGGGAAAAUUGGGUGCCGUGCCUGACUCCCGGAAUGCUAUAUUUAAGGAUCGGAGUUUGUCGUUCACUGAGAAGAAUCAGUUGAUGAGGUUUUUCAAGCUGGUACAGGGUCAUUUCCUGAGUGAGAGCGAGAGUGACGAGAGUAGUCGAAUUUCCGAGGAAGACCUGGAGAGUCCGUUUGUCGAAUUUUUGACGAAAUUGGGGCUGCCACAGAAGCUAAAAUCGAUUAUUUUGUAUGCAAUAGUGAUGGCGAAUUAUGAUCAAGACAAUAUGGAGGUCUAUACAGAUGUUAUCAAAACAAAAGAUGGGAUAAAUCAUUUAACACUUUACCACUCGUCGGUUGGCAGGUUUCCUAAUGCAAAUGGUGCUAUGAUUUAUCCCUUGUAUGGCCAAGGGGAGCUUCCACAAGCCUUUUGCCGUCGUGCUGCUGUCAAAGGGUGUAUUCAUGUUUUGCGAAUGCCUGCAGCUGCCCUACUCAUCGAUAAGGACAGUGGGACUUAUAAAGGUGUCAAGUUAGUUUCUGGUCAAGAUUUAUUCAGCCCUCAGCUGAUCCUGGCUCCCUCUUUUACUAUUACAUCACCCUUAGAUCCUUUUUCCUCACAUCAGCUGAGUUCUCAUGAUUUGGCCCUCCAAGAUGUCAAAGAGAAGGUUGCCCGAGGAAUAUGCAUUACCAAGAGUUCCUUAAAACCAGAUGUAGCUAAUUGUCUGGUGUUCUUUCCUCCCAGAUCUUUGUGCCCAGACCAGAUGAAGUCCGUCCGUGUCUUCCAGUUGAGUAGUAAUGUGGCUGUUUGCCCACCUGACAUGUUUGUGACAUAUCUUUCAGCAGUAUGUGACGAUGCUGUUGAAGGGAAGAAGUUACUACAUUCAGCCAUAAAUGCUCUGUUUUCUGUGUCUAUUUCUGGUAACACUGAAAACUGUAACAUGGAUGAUCGAAGUGGAAAUACUGAAGUAAAGCCCAGCUUACUUUGGAGUGCCUUUUAUCUGCAAGAGUUGACCAAGGGAGGAUUUGGAUCCAUUAACUAUAUGACAAUGCCGGAUGAGCAUCUGCACUACAAUAGUCUUCUAGAUGCAACAGGAAAGCUAUUCCGAAAAAUGUAUCCUGGUGAAGAAUUUUUUCCGAUGACAAACCCAUCCGAUGAGUUUACAGAUGAUGCUGCAUCUGAGUUGGAAACUUAG